CUAAUAGUAAUCGCCGCAAUGCUGCCAGUGGUACGUAACCUCUUGACGCGCGGACAGCGCUCCAUCCUAGCUGCGGCUUGCCAUGGCAGCGUAGUGCUGGACUCGCAGGCGUCAGCAGCAACUCCUACCUCCUGGUUACCGGCAUUGGCGCAAUUGGUCCGGGGCCUGAAGAAACCAGCCCAACAGGUCCGCGCUGGGGACCUGGUGCAGCGGGAUGGGCGGCCUUUCCGCGUUGCGCGUUUCCACUGGAUGCAUGGGCAGGCCCGCGCUGCUGGCUUCGUGUCCCUAGACCUGGUGGACCUGGCCUCGGGGGCUCGCACCUCGGAGAAGCUGCGGCUAGAUGACCAGGUGGAGCUGGCGGACGUGGACACUAAGGACAUGCAGAUCCUGUACCAGGACGAGGCGGGCAACGUGCACGUGAUGGACGGCACCUCCUACGAGCAGGCGGUGCUGGCUCCGGAGCUGUUCGGGGAGGGGCGGCGCUGGCUGGCCGCACCCGAGCUCACGGUGGCAGUCAGCUUCUUCGAGGGGGAGCCGGUGGCGGCCCGCGUGCCGCACAAGGUGUCGGUUACUGUGCUGGACGCGCCGCCCGCCGUGGAGAAGGACGACGGCUCCUCCGCGCGGCACGUGCUGGUGGAGGGCGGCAUCAGCGUCAUGGCGCCCGCAUUCGUGCGCACCGGGGACCGAAUCGUGGUGCGCACGGAGGAUGCGGCGUACAUGGCAAAGGCGUGA